ACAUACUAAACCCACAUUGUGACACUACUGACAAUGCACAUGGCUUGUGUUCAAAUAUUUAUAUUUUGGCGAGUGUAUCAGGCAGUCAGCAGUUUGUUGUGUAGGGUUGGUGUGUUGUUGCAGUGGGGGUUGGAUCUGUGUGUAUGUGUGUAAAGUGCAGGUUUCAGCAGGCUGGAGCUCACACACCAUUGUCCUCUCAGAUCACACAGAGAGAGAGUGUGUGUGUGUGUGUGUGUGAGAGUGUGUGUGUGUGUAUGAGGACGCUGCAUCUUCUCACUGCAGCACUGCUGAUGUUCCCACUCUGAGGAAUUCACUGUUCCAGGAUUGUGUGCAUUUGGAGGGAUUUAACGCUCGGAUACUAAUGGCACCGGAGCUGAAUGUCAUGGACGGAUCAGCCAUACAGAAUAACGCUUGGUGUUUUUUGUGAAAGCAGCUCUCGUGUGUGUGUGUGUGUGUGUGUGUUGGAGAAGCAGGCAUGCGGUCGGAGCGCAUGAGUCGUGUGUGUAUCGUGGUCCUGGAGGAGGUGGAAGACGACGAUCCCUCCCCUCUGCAUUCCAAAGCCACCCCGGACCACAUUUCCCAGAAUUCCUCUCAGGACGAGAAGCCCUCUCUGAUUAAAGCCAUAUUUAACGGCGACGCAGAUGAAGUUCGCUCUCUCAUAUUCAAGAAAGAAGACGUCAAUGUACAGGACUGUGAGAAGAGAACGCCGCUUCACGCUGCUGCUUACCUGGGCGACGCUGAGAUCAUAGAGCUGCUCGUCCUGUCAGGGGCGAGAGUGAAUGCCAAAGAUAAUAAAUGGCUCACUCCUCUUCAUCGGGCCGUAGCAUCCUGUAGUGAGGAAGCAGUCCAGGUGCUGUUGAAACACUCGGCGGAUGUGAAUGCACGGGAUAAGAACUGGCAGACGCCGCUGCACGUGGCCGCGUCCCAUAAAGCCGUGCGCUGCGCCGAGGCGUUAGUCCCGUUGUUAAGCAACGUCAACGUGUCAGACCGCGCCGGACGUACGGCUCUACACCACGCGGCCUUCAGCGGACACUUGGAGAUUAAGGAGCCGAAUGCGUAUGGAAACUCUGCUCUGCACCUGGCGUGUUUUAACGGGCAGGACGUGGUGGUGAGUGAGCUGAUGGAAGCAGGUGCUGAUGUCAAUCAGGUGAAUGAGAAGGGCUUCUCCCCGCUGCACUUCACCGCCGCGUCGCGCCAGGGGGCGCUCUGUCUCGAGCUGCUCAUCGCCAACGGAGCCAACAUCAACAGCAAGGUCAAAAUACACACCACCUCUCGUCUUCUACAUCACAAUAUGACGGCGCUGCAUUACGCUGCUGCUAACUGUAACUAUCAGUGUGUGUUUGCUCUGGUGGGCUCCGGGGCCAGUGUGAACGAGCGGGACAUCAGGGGCUGCGGUCCUCUGCACUACACCGCUGCCGCAGACUCAGACGGCAACUCUCUCAGGACGGCGCUGCAUUACGCUGCUGCUAACUGUAACUAUCAGUGUGUGUUUGCUCUGGUGGGCUCCGGGCCCAGUGUGAACGAGCGGGACAUCAGGGGCUGCGGUCCUCUGCACUACACCGCUGCCGCAGACUCAGACGGCAAGUGUCUGGAGUAUCUCUUGAGGAAUGAUGCAAAUCCAGCUCUCAGGGAUAAAGAUGGAUACAGUGCCGUUCACUACACCUCAGCGUAUGGCCACCGAGUGUGUCUGGAGCUGAUCGCCAAUGAAAUGCCGUUAGACGUGCUGAUGGACACGUCUGCAUCAAGCAUCCUACACGACACAGACGUCCAGCCUCCCAUCAGCCCUUUACACCUAGCCGCGUAUCACGGUCACCAUCACGCUCUGGAGGUUCUGGUGCAGUCUCUGCUGGAUCUGGACGUGAGGACGCCGCAGGGUCACACGGCUCUGAGUCUGGCGGCGUUUAAGGGUCAUGUGGAGUGUGUGGAUAUUCUGAUCAGUCAGGGCGCGUCCAUGAUGAUGAAGGACUACACACACAAGAGGAGCACCAUACACUUCUCAGCCAUGAACGGUCACUCUGAGUGUUUGCGUCUGCUCAUCCACAACACCGAGCAGCAAACGGCCAUCAACAUCCGUGAUGGGAAGGGACAGACUCCUCUGAUGUUGGCAGUUCUGGGUGGACACACAGAUUGUGUGUAUAUUCUGUUGAGUGAAGGAGCCAGUGUGGAGGCCAGAGAUAAAUGGGGCAGGACGGCCCUCCACCGCGGGGCAGUGAUGGGUCAGGAGGCAUGUGUGGAGGCACUGUUGCAGCAUGGCUCCAGUCUGCUGGUUCAGGACAGUAGAGGGCGCUCUCCUAUGCACCUGGCGGCUGCCUGCGGUCAUGUGGGGGUUCUGAGGGCCCUUCUGAAGACCCAGAAGACUGUCCUCGUCCUCAAGGACAACUGUGGUUAUACACCGCUGCACUGGGCCUGUUAUAAUGGUCAUGACGCGUGUGUUGAGCUGCUCUUAGAGCACGAUGUGUUUCAGAAGCCAGAGGGAAACUCCUUCAGUCCGCUGCACUGCGCCGUUAUUAAUGAUAAUGAGUCUGCGGCUGAGAUGCUGAUAGAAACUUUAGGUCCUGCGAUCGUAAACGCCACAGACUCACAGACAAGGACGCCGCUUCACGCCGCCGCGUACACAGAUCACGUGGAGUGUCUGCAGCUGCUGCUGGGUCACAACGCUCAGGUCAACGCCAUCGACAUGCUGGGAAAAACAGCGCUCAUGAUGGCCGCUGGGAACGGACAAACGAACGCCGUCGAGGUGCUGGUGAGCAGUGCUAAAGCUGAUUUGACAUUACAGGACGCUCACAGAAACACAGCCCUGCAUCUGGCCUGCAGUAAGGGACAUGAAACCAGUGCCUUGUUAAUUCUCGAGAAGCUGACGGACAGAAACCUCAUCAACUGCACAAACACAGCGCUGCAGACGCCGCUGCACGUCGCUGCUGGUAACGGACUGACGGUGGUCGUACAGGAGCUGCUGGGUAAAGGAGCCAGUGUCCUCGCCGUGGAUGAGAACGGUUACACUCCAGCUUUGGCUUGCGCUCCGAACAAGGACGUGGCCGACUGUUUGGCGCUGAUACUCUCCUCCAUGAUGCCCAUCUCUCCCAGCAGCACCCGCACCAUGUCGAGCCUCACCUUUACCCCCAUCAACCACUACUCCAGCCCAUCCAAGACUGUGACCUUUGACCCGUUACCGGUGCUGCGCUCCAAGCACGUCUCCUACCACAAGUUCAACAGCUUGGGCCGCGAGGACGGCCUCAUCAUCCCAGAUGACGAACUCAAUGAUUCAGACUCAGAAACAUACUGACAACACGCCCCUGUCCCGGCCCUCAGUGUCUUAACCUAACACCUCAUUGGCUGAAAGGUCACUAUAUGCUAAUUAGGGUCGUCCCUUUAUGUGGCUGAACUCUCAGGAGAAAGCUGAAAAACAGGAAGAGAAGUGCCACAGAAAUGGCCCACACUACAGUCUAGUUUGUAUAUUCUAUAC